UACCGUCUUGCAUGCGCUGAUAGCUUAUCAAGCUGACUUUUCUUCAGAUUAUGGGACAGGAUGAAUGUACCCUACUGCCAUGGAUGAUUCCCGUGACUGUUUUCGCUUCCCCGGCAUGCCCAUUAACGGGUUUAUAAAUUCCCCGCUCGUCCAACGUAGCACCUCGUUCUCUUCCACCAUGCUGACAGUACUUCAUUGCCUUGAAGUUGGCACCAUCGCCGUGAUCCUCCCAUUCUAUGUCCUCGGUCGACUGGCAGCCUCUUUUUUCAGCUUUGAGCGACACAAAACAUGGCGCGCCGUCUGUACGCAUGCGUUAUUCCGACUGAUUGCGGGCCAUGCUACGUUCGUCAGGCUGAUAUUGGGACCUACUUCGGAGACGUACGUCAAAUGGACGAAGAACAUCGGGGUACUUCCUACGAUUGAGCCACUACCCGAUGGUGCUGAGCUCUUGUGGAUCGGUCAUAAGAGGGUGGAUAAAGUCAUACUGUACGCGCAUGGAGGAGCAUAUUUAUUCGGGUGUGGUCCUUCAUUUAUGCAAUUCUUCCGACACCUCCAACUCGAACUGGAGAAACGCAACGUCCACACUGGUAUUGUAUUGCUUGCUUACCGACUAGUCCCAGGCGCUGUAUACCCCAGCCAACUCAUUGACGCCAAACAAGCACUCGAGCACCUCUUUAAAGCCGGAAUCCAACCUCAGUACACAGGCUUAUCGCGUAUGGGGAAACACCGUGUUGCGUGAUGCAGACGCACUGUUCGUCGAUCCCGUUGGGUUCGGAGCACCAAAGGAUUGGUUUAAUGGGAUAGGCAGCCUGGUCGGAAAGGUCCUUAUUACGUCCGGAGCGAAGGAGUGUAUGCAUACAGCUCACGGAGUAUUGGUGGAUGGUUACCUGAAGACGAUCCAUCCAGAUGUGAAAUUUGCUGUCACGGAGGGCGCGAGGGGCGUGC